CGGACUCCUCCGCGCACAUCAGUUCAAAUAAAAGCUUCGCCGAACUUCACCGAAACUGUCAUUUCCAACGCGGGACGCUGAAUAUGAACGCGACACGAUGGCUUCUUGUUGCGCUGCGUCUGCUCGCGCUUGGCGAAUGCGCGACUUCCGACUCCGGCUGCGAAUCUGAUGAAGUGUCAUUCCAAGGUUUUUGCUAUUACUUUAACAAGAAAAACCAGAAACUAGACUGGCAGAAGGCUGAGGAUUACUGCCUCAAAAGGAAAAGUCACCUGAUCAGCAUCCACUCGCAAGAGGAGUGGGACUUCUUGAAGGAUCACGUGCUAAGGGGCUGGACCUGGCUCGGAAUGAAGAAGUUUAAGGGAAAGAAAGUAAUGUACUCCGACGGAACAGCUGUAGACGAGAACCCUUGGUUUAGUUUCAAUUUAUCAGGGAUGAGUGUCUCCAUGUGUCUGACAAUGGACGCCAGAGGGAGCUUGUCUUACUCGAACUGCAAGGAGCAAAUCUCCUUCGUCUGUAAAAAAGCCAAAGGCGUCGCGGACAAUCGCCUACAGCAACCAGUUUGGAGUGAGGAGUGCGGCCUGUGGACGCACAAUCCCUCGAACGACUUGUGUUACUGGUUCAACAACAAAUACUGGACAACUUGGCCAAUGGCUCGAAUAAUUUGCAACCACAAGAACGCUGAACUGCUCUACAUCGCCAACUCCAACGAACAGACCUUCUUGCAAGAGUCCCUUCAGGUUUUCGGCAAAGAGACCUCCAUGUGGAUCGGCGCCUGGAGCAUCCCUGGCAAUGGCUGGUGGUGGCUCACUGGCUCCUGGGUCCCUUACAUCCGCUGGACCACAGGCACUUACGAUUCCAACCCUGGUGAACGCUGUCUUUACCUGCGUGCCAGUGAAGCCCUCUGGGGGGAGGAUCCCUGCUACAACAAGAGAGGCUUCAUCUGCAAGAAAAAAAAGGCAGAGAAACAUUGACUGGCUCGUAACCGUGCCAUCACCGGUAGAGCUGACCUCUGUGUGACCUUUGUCAAAGAUUUUCCAUCGCCAUUUCAACGACGUUUUAUUCUGGUCCCAUAACAAUUUUGAUUUAGCGAUCUUAUUACUUUUUGGAGGACUACACAAGUCCCCCCUCCUUUCCCCUCUAAACAAUAUAUUGACAUGUAUUUUCUUUGCUUCGUUAUGUAACCGAUGAUCCUUUUCAAUGACUGUCCUAAUAAACUUACUAAGACAA